CUAUGUUUUCUGACUCGGUGGUAGGUACUAGGCUAGUGGCGCACACACACUAUACACAGAAAACGAGACAAAGAAAAAGAACACAUACAAUAACAAUAGUAGCCAGUGGGGGUCACACAAGUUCAUAGAGAGAGAUAUAUAGAUAGAUACAAAGGUUCAACACACCACAGCCAGAGGAACUUGAUUCUCCGGCCACCGGAGACUUGCCGGAGCGGAUGGAAGACCCCAGCUCCGGCGACUGUUUGCCACAAGGUUGGACUGUGGAAGUUAAAGUCAGAAAGAAUGGUAGGAGAGACAAGUAUUACUUUUCACCCUCGAGCGGACUAAAAUUCAGUUCCAAGGUAGAGGUUUUUCGGCAUCUCGAAAAUGCUCGGAACAAAGUCGGCAUUCGGAGAGUUGCGGACAAUGUUGUAGUUGAGAAAGGAUUGCCGGCCGGACCGAUGAAAAAGACCAGAAUCACAACAAAGGGCGACACAGUUAGGAGAGAUUCCUACUACAUAGAUCCUGCAAGCGGCUAUGUGUUCCGCUCGCUAAGAGACGUUGAUCGUUAUCUUGAAUCUGGGGAAAUAGGAAGGAACGCGUUCAAGCCGAAAGACAACGGCGAUACAGAGUUAAAAGCUGACAAGUUCUCUCCAGUAUCGACCACAAAACCAACUGUAUCUGUUAGCAUGGGUUUGAGCUCAGAUUCAGACAGGAUAUCCAAUGAUCAACAGGAUCAAAAGCCUGUGUGUUCAGCAGAAUAUGCAUCUACACCAAUCUCUGAAAAUACUUCAGCUCAGUGCAUGAUGGGGACAAAAUCGACCACCUUAGGCUCGGAUCAGAUAGAAGGGAAGGCUAGUGAAGAAGAUUCUCAAGCAAAGCAACUUCCCCAAAAUGAAAAAUCUCAAAAGCGACAAAGGCGUAAAAAGGAGAUCAAUCUUCCUCGCCGUUCCUCAAAGCGCCUUGCUGGAAUUCAGCUUGAUCCAGUUCCAGAACUUGUAACAAGAAGCCGAGCACGCCGAGCUGCAGUUAAACAAUCAGGCCAGGGAGAAACCAUCAGAAAUGAGGAUAAAUCCUCUAACAGCUUGCCUAAUGCUGCAGCGAAAAGGAUGAAUGUGACUGAUGGUGGAUCAGAAACAAAGUGCAAGUCUGAGAGUGCAGCAAACAUGCUACAGUCAACUAAGUUCUCUACUCCAGAAAGGCUUCCCAACAAGCCUACACAAGAGGAUGGAAGCAACAAGGAUCAAGAAUGCUUCUCAUUUUGGCCUCAAGAGAACAAUGCUACUAUGAAAGAUCAUGUGCUCGAUUACUCCCAUGAGUUUCCUCUUAAAGAACUGCUGCAGGACCCAUGCAUUGCAUUCGCAAUACAAACUCUCACCGGCGAAACAUUCGAAAUGCAAGUAUCCGGCGAAUCAAGUGAGCAUUCUGAAGCUCUUACUGCAAAUAUGGGUGGUGAUGACAAGGGAGGGUGCAAUGUGUUCUCACAUCCAGAAAACUAUGCUAUUAUACCGCAACAACAUGCUGGUGCAGCCGAAACAGCAAUCAAGACUAAUGAAAACCAAACAGGAUCAUCAUCUUCUGAAAAGGAACCUGAUGUUUCAUGGAUGGAUCCAUGCAUUGAAUUUGCAAUCAAAACGCUCACUGGCUCUAUCCCGUUAGAUUCAGAGCAGAAUCCUAAGAACUGCAUUCAACAGCAGCUUAGCUCAUCAAACACAAAUCCCGGCGACAUGGCCUAUAAACAGGAACCAAUGUUUAAAGAGUCUUUUGUGGAUCCAACAGCAUCAUCAACACACAAGAAAUGUUGACAUGGGAAAUUCUGGUGGAGCUAGAAUCCCUCCUUGUGGUGAUGAUAGAAGGAAUGUUUGCUAGAAAAGAGAAGAGAGUUGCAAUCAACUUUUGAUAUGUACAGUUUAGGAAGCUAUGCAAAGAACAAGUAGAACUUAGAACUCUUGCCUUUGUAUGGUUAUGGUGCUUUUGUUAGGUCUUUAAUCCUUUAAACUAGUCUCAUAAACUGUAGAAUUUUCUCUUAGCCUGAGGUAGGCCGUAGUUUUCAUGUUAGCAUGAAAGUGGAAAUGGUGUAUAAUUUUAAGUUUUUCAA